AAGGAUUUCACCACACACUCAAAUAGAACUCAUAGAAGUGCUUCAGGCUGUAUGAUGGCUCCGUAGUGCUUCUGCUCUUCUAUGCUCGUUCGAAGACCAGCACGAUGCGGGUACUCUACUGCUCGUAUGCUGUGGCAAUCCACACAGCCAGAACUUCCCAAAACAGUGGAUAUCAGGUGGUUCUUCAAGCAAGCUGAAUACCUUGUCCCUAAGAUUCCCACCAUUGCCAUACAGCAGGAAGAUAAGGUCUUGCAAAUUGCAAGUAUGGAGCGCUACUCAAAUAUCUCACUUCAAGGCAUCAAGGCCCAAAACUGGAAGACGCUGCGUGCCUUUCUUCUUGACCCAAGGUUCCUCAAGCCAUUGGAGAUGAAAAUUGUCUUGCUACUACCUCAACUAGAACGGAUAGUGGAUCCUACGAAUACCCUUGCAAAGUCGAGACUUGCGUCGCAAGAUCAGCACUUGACUGCACAUGCUUUGCUGCAACGCUUCAACCAUCUCGAUACAAAACGUCUAGCAGUCUGUCCUGAGCGCGAUUUGCCGAUUCGAGCCUCAUUCACGCUGGCCAAUGUGCGUGAGGAGUAUUCAAGCAUCAAGGAGGAUCACAGGCAAGCUCGCCUUGAGAGUCAACUCGACAAGAUCCGCUCUACGCGACAACAACUGACAGAACACAUAUCAAUGGCGGAGAAGCGACGUCAACUAAAUACAGCAGAUGCUGCAAGGCUUGCAAGGCUGAAUAUGUGGCCGUCAAGGCCGGAACCCAGCAAGAUCGCAGGCGACAGUCCUGCUAGCUAGAUCCUACUCUACGCGCUGUAUUGCCUGAGGACCGGCAAUACGAGAUAGGGCAAGAGCCUGCAAGCAAUCGCAGCGGGUUCAACAGAAGGCACUAUAUCAGUCUAUAUGACUGCCGAGUUUCGGAAUGGCCAGAUACUUGCUGGAAACAGCAGCUGGUUAUUGGUCUGCCACGACUACAUGCAUCCAGACCAUUGGCCUGCA